AUGCACACUGCGGUGUGUCUCACCGUACUUUUCGCCUCCUUCGCAUUGGGAACCGAACUUCAUGCUCAGAACUCGACGUAUUAUAACCCCAUAUUACCCGGUUUUCAUCCUGAUCCAAGCUGCAUAUUUGUUCCUGAGUGGGAUGACACUUUCUUCUGCGCAUCUUCGAGUUUCAAUGCUUUCCCUGGCAUUCCCCUGCACGCAAGCAAGGAUCUGCAAAAUUGGAAGCUUAUCAGUCAUGUAUUAAAUCGCCAAGAGCAAUUGCCUCGUCUCGCGGAAACCAACAGAUCAACAAGUGGUAUUUGGGCACCCACGUUAAGAUUCAACCAAGGAACAUUCUGGCUGGUGACUACUCUAGUAGACGACGAUCGAGCUGCGGAGGACUCAUCAAGAUGGGACAAUGUGAUAUUCAAGUCAGAAGACCCAUACACCCCCUCUGCGUGGUCUGAAGCAGUCCAUUUUGGCUUCGAAGGUUACGAUACGUCGCCGGUAUGGGACUCGGACGGGAAGACGUAUAUCGUCGGUGGACACGCCUGGAAAGUAUUCCCCGGUAUCCUCUUGGCUGAGGCGAACCUAGAAACAGGUGAAGUAGGGGAAUGGAAAACUAUUUGGAAUGGCACCGGCGGAACGGCUCCCGAGGGACCCCAUAUAUACCUCAAGGACGACUGGUAUUACUUACUCGCCGCCGAAGGUGGUACAGGGGUAGACCACAUGGUUACGAUGGCGAGAUCCAAAAGCAUACUCGGCCCAUACGAAGCUAAUCCUAGUAAUCCAGUUCUUACGAACGCCAACACCACCAACUACUUUCAAACUGUCGGUCACGCGGAUUUAUUUCACGAUGCCACGGGCAAUUGGUGGGGUGUUGCGCUUUCGACUCGGUCUGGUCCUGAGUAUUUAUAUUACCCCAUGGGACGGGAGACGAUAAUGGUCCCGGUAUCGUGGGUGGAUGACGAAUUUCCGGCUUGGUCUCAUCUGAAUGGGGAGAUGAGUGGAUGGUCGAUGCCACGGGGAAAUCUGCAAAUAGACGGAGUCGGGCCAUUCAUUGCGGAAGGGGAUACAGUCAAUUUUGAGCCAGGAUCGACAUUGCCAGCACAUUUUACGUAUUGGAGAUAUCCCAUCGCCGAAUCAUAUACGAUCUCACCCCCUGACCAUCCGAAUACUUUAAGAUUGAGCCCAUCAAAGCUCAACCUCACAGCAUUGAAUGGGAACUACGCUGGUCCCGAUGGCCAGACAUUCGUCGGGCGCCGCCAACAGGAUACCUUGUUCACAUAUAGCGUUGAUCUUGACUUCUCUCCCACUUCGUUCGAGGAAGAAGCAGGUGUUUCAGUCUUCUUGACACAAAACCACCACCUAGACUUAGGGGUAGUUAUGCUUCCAGCCAGCAAUGGUAUAUCCGCCCAAACGAAAUAUGUAACGAAUUCUUCGGACUUGAUACCACACUUUAGAUUCCGUGGCAUUUCCUACAUACCCAUCCCGGGUGACAUUGUAGAGCCGAUUUCCCAGGCUUGGCUUGGUAAACCGCUGAGAUUGGAGAUAAAAGCCCACAAUAUGACACACUAUUCCUUGUCCGCUGGACCAGCGAAUGCCCUCUCGGAAAUGAGGACCGUUAUUGAAGUCUCGAACACGGCUGUGAGCUGGGGGUUUACAGGCGUGAUACUCGGUGUAUAUUGUACGAGUAAUGGUGGCAAUGGUAGUACGCCAGCAUAUAUCUCAAAUUGGAGGUAUAUUCCACAAGGGCAAUUUAGGAAUUAG